ACAUCCCUCCAUUUCAACAUUACUAUUUCCAAUUAAUAAUACAUCACCUUCUCUUUCAACCUUCAAGAAUCCCAUAAAAAAAAUCUUUCCUCAGGCAAAAGAAAGAAUACAUCAAAAAAAAUAUAUUAUAUUCUUUGAUCUCCGAUGUUUAAUAUCUAUACUAAAGUAUGAUUAUUUUGAAUUAGCGCAAAAAACUUUUAGUAUAAAAGUAAAACGCUUGAAUUAGCACAAAAAACUUUUAGUAUAAAAGUAAAACCCUUUCACUCCACAACAAAAAAAAAAUCAAAAUAUAGCAAUACCCUUAUUUUUCUUUCUUCUUCUUACCAAAAAAAAAAAACAAAAAAAAAACUCCUCCCUCCCAUUCAAGAUUCCAAUUUCCAAUUAGUACAACACCUUUUCUUUCAACCUUCAAGAACCCCAUAAAAAACCUUUCCUCAAGCAAAAAUAUAUAUAUAUAGUACUAGUAUAUAUAUAUAUAUAGUACUAAUUAACAAUAGAUAUAUACGUCAAAAUUUGAUUAAUUUAAAUUCACAUUAAAAAAUUCCACUACAAUUUAAAUCCACAUUAAAAAGUUCCACUACAAACACAAAUCGCUCCCUAUUAAACCAAAAAAAAAAAAAAAAAAAAACUCCUAUAACAACACACUUUUGAUAUUUAUUCUCCCUCCUAUUCAAGAUUCCAUUUUCCAAUUUGUACAACACCUUCUCUUUCAACCUUGAACCUCAGAAAAACCUUCCCCUAAGCAAACUCAAACUCCAAAAAGAAAAUUCAAACACCCUUUUGAUAUUUAUUCUCAUUUGUCUCAUAUUACAUACAAAAAAAAAAAAUACUAUAACUUUGGUUGCUCCUUUACUCUGUAACACUCAAAAAAGUUGAUAUAUUUCUUCUUGUUUAAGCUGUUUAUGUUCAAGAAAAUGGUGCAGUACCAUAGAUACCAUCAAUGGAAAAAAGGGGAUGUUUGUUUAGAUGUUUGUGAAAACAACAAAAGAAUAGCAAGACCAAAACUUUUGUUUCUUAUUCUUUUGUCUUUUAUAUCUUUUAGCUUUAUUUUAGCUCCUCUUUUCUUCACAUCUGCUCCCCCUACUCUUUCUGUUUUAUAUUCAUUUGGUUUUGAAGAUGAAGGGGUUGUUUCUACAUCAUCAGAUGUAUUUGCUUCUGUUUGUUCCUCUGUAUCUAAUGGAUCAAUAUGCUGUGAUAGAAGUAGCAUUCGUUCGGAUAUCUGUGUAAUGAAAGGCGAUGUAAGAACAAUUUCGGCUUCCUCCACAAUCACCCUCUACAGAAGCAAUGGUUACGGCAGCCAAGUUUUCGGGUCCUCUGGAGAAAAUGAUGAGACAUUCCAACUAGAAAAGAUUAAGCCGUAUACACGGAAAUGGGAAAAAAGUGUAAUGGACACCAUCGAUGAAUUAGACCUUGUUUCAAAGGGAGAGAAUUCUGCUACUCGUCAUAACUGUGAUGUCCAACAUGAUGUACCGGCUGUGUUCUUCUCUACUGGAGGUUACACGGGUAAUCUUUACCACGAAUUCAACGAUGGGAUUAUGCCUCUUUACAUUACUUCUCAGCAUUUGAACAAGAAAGUUGUGUUUGUGAUCCUUGAGUAUCACGAUUGGUGGAUUUCAAAGUACGAGAACAUACUUACUCACCUCACUGAAUAUCCUAUUAUCGACUUUAGAGGUGAUAACAGGACUCAUUGCUUCCCUGAAGCCGUAGUUGGUUUAAAGAUCCACGAUGAGCUAACUAUCGAUGCUUCAUUGAUGGGAAGAAACAAGACCGUUAGGGAUUUUCGAGACAUGUUAGACCGAGCUUAUUUGCCUCGAAUUAGAGGGUUGAUCCAAGAAGAGGAACACGAGUCACAGUUGCGUACGAACAUAUCUGCUGUGUCGCCAUCAGCUAAGAUGAAAAUUGCGACAACUGAAGAAAAGCGGGAAUUCAAGAAACCUAAAGUGGUCAUCAUAGCAAGAAAUGAUUCAAGAGCUAUACUCAACGAAGAUUCACUAGUUAAAAUGGCACGAGAUAUCGGCUUCCAAGUGGAAUUUUUGAGGCCUCAGCGAACGACUGAGCUUGCAAAGAUCUAUCGAGCGCUCAAUUCCAGCGAUGUUAUGAUUGGAGUUCACGGUGCUGCUAUGACUCAUUUCCUCUUCAUGCGGCCUGAUUCCGCUUUCAUUCAAAUCGUUCCACUAGGAACAGAUUGGGCAGCAGACACUUACUACGGACAACCAGCAAGGAAGUUAGGUCUUAGGUACAUUGGCUACAAAAUCCUUCCACAAGAGAGCUCUUUGUACAACGAGUACGAGAAAAGUGAUCCUGUUCUUACAGACCCCGACAGUGUUAACAACAGAGGAUGGGAGUUCACGAAAAAGAUCUACCUUGAUCGUCAAAAUGUGAGGUUGAACCUUCGGAGAUUCCACAAAAGAUUGCUACGUGCCUACUAUUAUUCGAUUGCAAAGAAGAAUGGUCAUGUUCAUCAUCAAAUUCAGUAAUUCCGCGCAAUCUUUUUGGUUACUGGACGCAUGAAAUCUUAUUAGUUAUAGCUCUUAGAGUUGUACAUUAAUACUCUCAACAAAAAAGGUAUUUUCUUUUUUGUAAAGAUCAGCUGUGUUUGUAAAUCAAGUAGGCAAAAGGUAUAUACUACAUUCACUACAAAGGAAAAAAAAAAACACUCUUGCUUCUGA